AGCGACGGUACAGCAACAAUCAGAACGAGAAAGUUCCUUACUAACCGCCUGCUUCAACGGAAGCAAAUGGUAAUUCAUACCCUUAAUGUUAUAUUUUAUUGCCUUGUUGUAGCUUUAAUGUGGCUCUUUCCUCAGAAUCCUUUGAUAAGAUCCGGGGGAAAUAUCUCUUCUUCGUGUAAAGGAGGUCUGUUUUGUACCCGACUUUUCUGUGGCUUUUUAGUGUUGUAUCAGUGUAUUAGUGUGCCAAUUUUGUCCUAUUCCAAUAAUAAUUGUAUGUACGUGGUAGAGCGUAGAUGUAGGUAAUGUCCUCAUAACUCUUCUCUUAUUCUAUGUUAAUGAAAAAUUUUUUUGCCAGAAUAAGAGCAGAAUUUUUGGUUUAAGAUCUUUGUUUGACAUAUCCUAUAGGGAUAUUCCUUGUUCUGUAGUCCCGAGUUAUUAUCAAAGUUCUGCUUCUAAACUAAUAGACUCUAUGUUGCUGUACAUUUGUAAUAACAUCAAAAAGAGGUAAGUAAAAAAGUGGUACACAAGACAGAGGGGAGUGUGUCACUGAUGUUCUUACCAGAUUUUGACAUCUUCUGUGAUCUAGUUACUUUCUUUCUACAUCAAGCUGUUUAAAGCACAUGUGUGAACUGAUGCAAAACAUGCUGAUUUGUUCGAUUCACAGGUGGUAGAUAUUCUUCAUCCUGGAAGACCAAAUGUCUCAAAGGCUGAAGUCCGUGAAAAGUUGGCCAAAGUGUAUAAAACCACCCCGGAUGUAAUUUUCUGUUUUGGUUUUAAAACUGCUUAUGGCGGUGGCAGGAGUACUGGUUUUGCUUUGAUAUACGACUCCCUGGAUUUUGCUAAGAAGUUUGAACCAAAGUACCGCCUGACUAGAGUGAGUUAAAGUACAUUUACAUGAAAUUAAGCCCAUAAUUCAUGUCAACUCUAAGAGUAGUUUGUACACUUGUGCAAACAUUGUUACUCAGUUAAAGACAGUGUUAUAUUACUGUCAGACUUAAGAUCCAGAUUUCCAAUUACCUGGUAUUGUCUAAUUGUUAAUAAACAAAGAGGGUAAGUUUCUGAAGAAACUGUGGUGCUACGUCUGUGGGGGAGUAUAACAAGAUAAUGUUGGUUUUAUCAACUGAGUUGAUAAUGUAAAUUGCCACUGUAAAGAGUUCCAAAGCUGAUGCUUCGAGCAUUAGCCCCUCAUUGUUUGCUCCGAUGGAGAGCUAACGCUUGAAAUGUCAGCUUUGAAAAUCUUUAUGGUGGCCAAUUUACAUUAUCAACUCAGCUGAUAAAACCAAAAUUAUCGAAACUUGUCAGGAAAAAAUUGCUGAAUGGCAAAAGUACCCUUGGAAUAUUGUUAAACUCUAACCUCUGAAACUUUGAAUCAAAAUUUUGAUUUGGGCUGUUAUGUUUUGCUGACCAUUUUAAUUUAUUUCAUCACCUGUCCAGCAUGGACUUUAUGAAAAGCCAAAGUCAUCACGCAAACAGCGAAAGGAAAAGAAGAACAGAAUGAAGAAGGUUCGUGGAACAAAGAAGGCUAAAGUUGGUGCUACAGGAAAGAAGGUUAGUCCAGUUGUUUUAUUUAUU